CCGGACUCGCUCGCUGUCGGACCGAAAGACCAGGGAGGCUGUUCGUGCCAACCCCGCGUUUCCCCUUUCGUCCUUGGGUUCUCACGUGUCCCCGCGUCGUCGGAUUGAACCCCGACGGACGUACCUCCUCAAGCCAUUUCAUUUCUCGGGACGAAGUAGUCGAGAAUCUCAUUGCGUGAUGAUAACAGGUGUGCGAAGAGAGAGGAGUGAGAAUGGCCGAGAGAGAAGCACGUGUGAGUGAGGGCUUCGCGGGGAUCUCGCCUCCGCCCUCAGUCAUCGCCACUUUUACUACGCGCAGAUUGAGGUCAUCGUCAGCCGCGGCCGACAGCUGAGUCCUUGAAUGCAGGCCGGGCCGGCGGCGGCGGGCGAGCGAAGGCGCGUGGGCGUCCGAGGGCCGCGCGGGCGUGAGACAUGGCGUGGCGGUCACCUGCGAGCCUGUCGCGGUGGGCGGCGAGGGCGGUGGUCGCCGGCGUCGUCAGGGAAACGGAGCGCCGUCUGCGCGGCUGCCUCGCCCUCGUGCCGGCGGAGCUCCUGAUAGCGAGGGCGACGGCGGGGCUUCUCCUCAGGAACAGGGAGUCAGGAGACAGCGACGAGGACGACAGCCUGACGGAGACGGAGGAGGAGGAGGAGGAGGAGGAAGGCGUGGGCGUGGGCGGGAGGUUGGCGAAGGGGGACGUGAUGGACCAUGCCCUUCGCCUCGCUAAGGAGCACGUGCAGCGCGUGGAGCGAUGGUGGCGCAAGCUCCCCGGGCAGCGCGCGGCGCCGGGCCACACCCUCCGGGAGACGCUCGACGCGAUGACGGAGGUGAACCCGAAGUACGACCAGGACUUCCCGACGCAUCUGACGCGCCUCCUGCUGAAGCUGGUGCUGCUGGACGCCGUGUUCGUCGACCGGGACUACGGGGACAAGGACCGGCGGUGCGUGGUGCCCUUCGCGUGGGAGCGGUGGUUUGCCCGCCUCGUGGCAAGGCUCGGCCCUUUCACCCACCUUCAGGAGCUCCAGGUCUAUGGGGGGAUGUAUCCGAGCAUCCUGGCGGCCAUCCUGAAGGGCGCGCCGUUCCUCACGUCGCUCCUCAUCUCGCACAUCAACAUCACCGACGAGAUCCUGCUGGUGGCCGGCCGCUUCUGCCCGCGCCUCGAGAAGCUCUACCUCCUGCACAACUACCCGUGGCAGGUUAUUUCCCUGAAGGCCUUCUGCGCCGCCUUCUUCGACGGCGCCUCCAAGAGGGACUUGGUGAGGGUGAUGAGGGCGGGCUGCGAGGGGAGCGUAAACAGGACUUUCGAUUCGCUCAGGGAGGUCGACCUCGCGUACGGCGAGAUAGAAGUGGCGAAGGAGUUCCACAAAUUCCUUCUGUCUUUCUACCCUGACCUGACUAGCAUCAGCUGCGAGUGGAGGACGAACAUGUUCGAGGACGGCUACUCCAGCCACGCCUACGACGUUCUAUUCCCUAUAAUCUCGAAGGGGCAACAGGUCUCCCUGAAGCGCGUGUUUCUCGACGGGGUGACGCUCUACAGCACGGGGCGCGCGCGCCUGCAGCAGCUAGCGUGGAGCUCCCCGGCCGUCACGUCGCUGGCGCUCGACUGCAGCACGAGAGGCAGCCCGAGGGUCUACGAGACCGCGGGAAGGCAGCUGACGGAGCUGCUGUCGGAGUGGACGCACUUCUCGGAGCUGCAUGCGAACGUCAGUUGUGAGGACCACGUCACGCACGCCAUGCUGGCCCCUGCCUUGCGGAUUCACGGGGCGAGGCUGACGUCCCUCACCCUCGAGGCCUCUAGCCCUGGCCAGCGGCUCCACGUGGCCACCGUGUGCCUUCUCGUGCAGCUGUGCCCCGCGCUGGCGUCGCUCAGGCUGCGGGUGUGGAGCCGGAGCAUGCUGGAGGCGCCGGCCACGCAGACCUCGCCGCCGCUGCCCCUGCACUGCGUCCACCUGGAGGAAUUCUGCCUGCACGAAGACGGCCCCGGCGACCAGGAUGACCCAGUGGCCGAGGAGGGACACCUGGCCCGCUGGACAGGGCUCAUGGAGACGGUGAUGACGGCAUCCCCUCUGCUGACCACACUCAGCAUCAGCAUCUGCCGCGGCGUGGCUCCGUUGAUGGACAAGUUGCAGAGUGAAAUUCAUGUCCUCCACCUGCACGUGACAGAUGGCUACGAGUGGGAGCCAUCGGUGGAGCAGAUCUGCCAGCUGGUGAGCCGUCUGCCGCACUUGCAGCACCUGUUCUUGGAAGAGGUGUCUGGCCGUGUGUUCUGGCGAGUGCGACGUCGGUACCAGUACACGGGGCUUCGUGUGUACUGGGGUAAUCUGUACGGCUGGCCGAGGACUUGACCCGCGUCCUGGGGGCUGAAGGCGGCCGCGCAGAGAACGGUUGGCCGGAGAGCGAGAUGUGUUAGGGCUGAAAACCUUACUGUUUGGAGGUCGUGGUCGCGUUUGCAAAGUGCUUUCGGAGGCGGAGAUAGUACAGUAGUGCAUAUUGCUCAACAUUUAAGCUAGUUAACAAAAGACAGCAUCGAAAAUAUAGAUAUAUAACAUUUGAUCUGCUUCAGAAUCAAAGAAACAAACAAAAAGUGGAAUGUCGUAACAAAAUAUUAGUUCAUAUAUGAAGUCCAGUGCUAAACUGAUAUUAUUUAAAAAUUGAAGAUAUAAGUUUGAUUUCCCAAAGAUUGCAAAUAUUGCUGACGGGUUGCGAUAUUUGCAAAAGUUUUAUCAAUAUUGUUGUAUAUUCUCCUUUACAAUAGAAAACUGAGAAUCAUGAACGAAACUGUAGCAAAUAAAAUUUUAUACAUUUC